AUGAGAGGUGAAGUUAUUAGUGCUGCCAGUAGCAGAAUCAGUAAACCAACUUUUGCAAAUAACAGCAUACCUAGUAGGCUCAAUGUCAAUACUACCAACAAACAAAUCCACAUAGACUCAAAUGUCACCACCACCUUGAACAAGACUGCAUCAGACGCUGUAUCGAACAAAGCAACUACUGGGACUAAUCAAGUAUCAGCAAAGGACGUAGCCGCUGUGAAAUCUCGUGUAAUGUUGCAAUUAAAUGGGGGUGCUUCUCACCUUGAGGAUUCUGGUAUUGCAAGUGGUUACGAAUCUGUGUUCAAUAUUCUCGAGAAAACUGUGGCCCACCGUGAAAGACAUUCACUAAUGUUAGUUGGUCCAAGAUCGUGCGGCAAGUCGACGAUUGUGAAUAAGGCAUUGGACCGCUUGGAAGAGGAAUACCUGAAUGAAUUUCUUGCAAUACAUUUGAACUCCUCAAUACACUCAGACGACAAUACCGCAGUGAGAGAGAUAGCACGUCAAUUAGACUUUAACACGAGGCGAAAAUUGGACGAAGAUGGUGGUGCGUUGAGAUCAUACCAAUUGGAAACUACUGUCGAACGAAAGUCCAUACACGAAACGUUUGCCAACAUUUUAAAUGUGCUUAGUAUUUCUUUGGAGAAUGCAAAGGACCUGGAAGAAAAGUAUAUGCCUUUAGUUUUUGUUAUCGAUGAGUUUGAGAAAUUCACCUCGAAUCACAAACAAACUUUAUUGUACAAUUUACUUGACAUGUCACAGAAUAGUGAUAUUCCAAUUACAGUGAUUGGACUAACCACGAAGAUAAACGCCAAAGACCACAUGGAGAAAAGAGUCAACAGUCGUUUUUCACAACGAAUUAUAACAAUUUCUCCAACACCCACAUUUCCAGCUUUUUUACAAAAUGCAAUGAGCGGACUUCUAUUAAACAAUGAGUUUGUCGAAUCAAUGGCAUGCCCGUACUAUGGAAGAGCAUGGAACGAAAGCGUGAAAAAUAAGUUUGAGCAAGAUCAAUGUAACAUUUUAAAUACAUUGUGCUUGAGAAACUUUAACACCACUAAAAAUUAUCGGGAGAUGAAUAAUGUGUUCAAGAUAAUGGUAUCGGAGAUUUCUCUUGACCGCCCUUACUUUGACAGUUUGGGAUUGAGCGAUGCUAUACAGAGAUACUCUCCGAUGGGCAACCUCCAAUCUGCAGUAAACUCUCUCUCAGAUAGUGAGUUGAUUUUGUUGGUUGCAGCAGCAAAGUGGGCCGAGAAGUUUGACUCUCCAACGUUGAACUUUAAUUUGGCGUUUGCAGAAUACAAAGCUCUAAUGAAAGAGUCAGAUGCAGCUAUAAAUCCCUCAAGAUCUUUGUCACUAAAUAGUAUGAAGGUGAAUAAAAAACAUUGGUCAAAAAAAGCAUUGAGAAAUUGUUGGGAAGUCCUAUUCAAAUGCAAUUUACUCAUUGAACCGGUGUCUGCAUCAACAACUCAUAGUGCUUCAACUGAACGAAGGACAAUCAAGACUGUUAAUAUUGACGACAAUGCGAUGGUAUUACUAGACAUAACCUUGGAUGAACUAAACGUACUUGUUGCAGACGAUAGGUUGGCCAAGAAACUUUUGACGCUAUAG